AUGGCAGGUACUGUCAUUAUCACGGCAGCGAAUAGCUCACUUGCUAUUCCGGCGAUUGAACGACUCCUCCACGAUUUUCCUGAUCACACACUUGUGCUGACCGUCCGCAAUAGCUCAGAGAAUGACAUCAACACCAAGAAGCUACGGCAGGUGCUUGCAGCAUACCCUAAGUCUAAAGCAACCAUUCACCAACUCGACCUCACUAGGCUCUCUGCCGUACACGAGUUCGCCAGCUCUAUUCUUGAUGAUAUAACAAUUGGGAAGCUCCAUCGGUUAGUCUCAAUUGUAUGCACCGCCUACCACUGGAAUCUGGUGGACAAGAUUGAGAAAACCGGGGAUGGGUUUGAGAAGACUCUUCAAGUAUCCCACCUCGCCCACGCUGCUCUGGUCCUACGGCUUCUAGGGGCUUUCCAAGAAUCUGGAGGCCGGAUCCUGUUCUUUUCCACCGAUGCACAUUGGCCUGGUAAGAAUGGCAUGGAGAAAUAUCCGCCCAAGAUACCAGUAGAUUUGGACUUGCUUGUACAUCCAAGCCCUGACGAGCCGCUCGACAACCUGGGACAUGGAUUUCAGAGAUAUGGAACUUCAAAGCUCGUCAAUUUAGCAUGGCUGUAUGCCCUUAACCGUCAUCUGGAAGCAAACCCUUCAAUGAGCAACAUAACAGCAAUUGCCGUCAACCCAGGCACACUCACCGACUCGCGAGCUCUGAGAGUCAACACCCCCGCAAUGCUGAUCUGGAUGUCGAGACUCAUUCUACGGCCAUUUGGGCCCCUUCUUCGGUAUCUGAAUCCUACCAUGCGUUCCUCGGCUGAAGCGGGGAGAGAAGCUGUUGAGUUCGCACUGAAUGAAGCCUCUCCCGGAGCACGAGGGUAUUUCACGAUGUUGAAGAAGGACACCAGCUCGCCGGAGAGCCAAGAUGUGAAGAAACAAGAUGAUGUAUGGGCGAAGACUUUAGAGUGGGUUGGUAUAAGUGUUGAAAGUUUGCCACUGAAGAUGAAUCUUUCAUAA